AUGGCCACCCACACUUCAGCCGGUGUGCCAAUCCUCGACAUUAGGAGCGACAAGUCCGACCAGUCGCUGCUUGAAACCCUCAAGGGGUCUCUCAAUCCUCCCAAGGGGCAGCCACGCACGUUCCCGACCUUGCUGCUCUAUGACGAAAAGGGACUAAAGCUGUUUGAGGAGAUCACCUAUGUGGAUGAAUAUUACCUCACCAAUGCGGAAAUAGACACUCUUACAAGACAUGCCAGCAAGAUUGUCGAACGAAUUCCAGCCGGCGCUCGUCUUGUUGAACUGGGCAGCGGGAAUCUCCGCAAGAUCAACAUCCUUCUCAAAGCGUUUGAAGAGGCCAAGAAGAAAGUCGAGUACUAUGCCCUGGAUCUAUCCCUGUCCGAGCUCAAGCGUACCUUCGCCCAGUUGGACGUCAAUGCGUUCCGUCAUGUCGCUUUCCGGGCACUGCAUGGGACCUAUGACGAUGCUCUGUCGUGGUUGAAGAACUCGGCGACUGCCGCCCGGACUACUUGUGUCAUGACCAUGGGCUCUUCCUUGGGUAACUUCACUCGCGAGGAGGCCGCUCAGUUCCUUGCUUCCUUCAAGCAAGUUUUGGCGCCUUCGGAUUUCGUGUUGGUGGGAAUCGACGCGUGCCAGCAGCCUGACCGUGUCUUCCGAGCCUACAACGACUCCCUGAAUGUGACUGAGCGCUUUUACCGCAACGGUCUUACCCAUGCCAAUAAUAUCCUGGGCUACGAGGCUUUCAAGCAGGAUGAGUGGCAGAUCGAAGGUCUGUAUGAUGAAAAGCUGAACAAACACCAAGCUUCAUACGUGGCCUUGAAGACGAUCAACAACAAAGACUUUUCCUUCGAGAAGGGUGAGAAGGUCCAUCUAGAGGACGCCUUUAAGUACUCCGAGGCGGAAUGUGAUGCUCUCUGGCAUACCUCUGGGCUAAUUCCUCAGAUGUCUUACGGCAACAAGACAAAUGAUUAUUUCAUCCAUCUUUUGUCACCGUCCACUAUCAACUUCCCCACAAAGCCAGCAGAGUUUGCUGCGAGCCCUGUCCCUUCCCUGGACGAUUGGCGACAACUAUGGGCGGCUUGGGAUACAGUGACCCGGUCCAUGGUUCCGAAGGCCGAGCUGCUCAACAAGCCGAUCAAGCUACGAAACGACUUGAUCUUUUACCUGGGUCACAUUCCUACGUUUGCAGACAUUCACUUUAUGAAGGCCACGAAAGAGAAGGCGACAGAUCCGGCAUACUAUGUGUCCAUAUUUGAGCGAGGAAUUGAUCCAGAUGUGGACAAUCCGGAAGUCUGCCAUGACCACAGUGAGAUCCCGGACUCUUGGCCGCCCUUGGAGGAAAUCUUGAACUAUUCGCAACGCGUUCGAGAACGUAUCAGCGAGAGCAUUUACUCCGGUCGGGCUUACACUGACCGCAAGCUCAGCCGUGGCUUGUGGCUUGCGUAUGAGCAUGAGGCCAUGCAUUUGGAAACCUUCCUCUACAUGUUGCUCCAGAGCGAGCGCGUCCUACCGCCACCUGGACGAGAUCGGCCAGACUUCAAAGCCUUGGCCGGCGAGGCUCGCGCGAAUCGUACCCCGAACAAAUGGCACCAUAUCCCUGCGAGCAAGGUCAAGAUUGGAUUGGACGACCCAGAGAACAACGAGGGGCCUGACAGAUACUUCGGCUGGGAUAACGAGAGGCCAUCCCGCACAGUCGCCGUCCACGAUUUUGAGGCUCAGAGCCGUCCCAUCAGCAAUGGCGAGUACGCUCGCUUCUUGGAAGUUACCCACAAAGAGUCUUUACCAGCUUCGUGGACAACCUCCCAGGCAGCUACGGGUCCCAAUGGGACCAACGGUACAAACGGCACCAACGGUGUGAAUGGCCAUUCCCAGGGCGAGCAAGAGAUGGCCAGCCGCUCCUUUGUCGAGGGCAAGGCUGUCCGAACCGUCUACGGCCUCGUCCCUCUCGAAUAUGCCAUGGACUGGCCGGUGAUGGCUUCGUACGAUGAAUUGGCGGCUUAUGCCGAAUGGUCCAAUGGGCGCAUUCCCACGCUUGAAGAGGCUCGGAGCCUUUACCAGUACGUCGAGAACCAAGACAGCGUCUUGCAGAAGGUUACCAGCAAGUUAAUUUCAGCCGUCAAUGGCCACCUGUCCAACGACGGCGUCCAGGAGACACCUCCAUCAGGCCGUCAGUCGAACGGUGUUGUCAACGGUAGGGCAGAAAGUUCCUCACUGGACCCCAAUGAGCUUUUCGUCGAGCUGGGCGAUCGUAACGUUGCCUUCCGCCACUGGCAUCCAACGCCCGUGACCGGCAACGGCGACCGAUUGCGUGGACAAAGCGAUCUUGGAGGCCUGUGGGAAUGGACUAGCACACCGUUGGCGCCACACAAAGGGUUCAAGGCCAUGGAUCUCUAUCCCGGGUAUACGGCCGACUUCUUCGAUACCAAGCACAAUGUUUGUCUCGGCGGCAGCUGGGCUACUGUGCCGCGAAUCGCGUUGAGGAAGACCUUUGUCAACUGGUAUCAGAGAAACUACCCCUAUGUUUGGUGUACGGCCAGAUUGGUCAGGGAUGUGACGGCCUGA